AUGCCGGCGUUUUCAGCUUAUCUUAUCCCCAUUCCCCUCCCGGCAAUAGAGGAACUUCCUGUUACCCUUGAAGCCGCUCUCUGCAUUUACCGAACCCUUAUCCCCAUCCUCCCCCAUCGCCCCCAUCCCCCCUCUCCGCCCUCCCCACCCCUCCCCUGCAGCAGCAGCGGCGGGAUUAUCAGGGGAGCCAGCAGUGCGGCGUUCUUCACGGCCGCGGCCGCGUCGGCCUCAAUCCCUCCAUCGCUCCUCGCUCGCAGCGGCAGUGCUUCAUCAUCAUCCGCUUCCGCGUCCGAGGUGGCGAGUCUGGUUGCCAAGCCCUUGGCGCAGAAAGGGAAGACUGUGGAAAAAUACGUGGCUAAGCUGCGACCUCCUGUGUUGGUCGGCGAUAAAGGUGCAUCCGGAAAAGCGGUCAUGAGGGUCGUGAGGUACUCAGCAAAGGCAUACAAGUCGUUUUUUUUUGUCAAGGUUGGUUACCCAGCGAAUUCGGGCGCGCUCUGUGGGGAGGUAAAGAAAGUGAUGUAG